AUUUCAAACCCAAACCAAAAAGCAACCAUAAAAUUAUUUCAAACCCAAACCAAACGGACCUCAAAACCCACCGGUGAAUCUCCGACGACUGAGAUGAUCGACGCAUUGAAGAACAAGUACCAAGUCUGCGAGGAGAUCGGCCGGGGACGCUUCGGUACCAUCUCCCGCCUCUUCUGUCCGACAACCCAACACUCCUACGCCUGCAAAUCCAUCGAUAAACGCCUCCUUACCGACCCUACUGACCGCGAGUGCCUCGACAACGAGCCCAAGAUCAUGACCCUCCUUUCUCCUCACCCCCACAUCGUCCAAGUUCACGAUAUUUUCGAAUCCGAGGAUAACCUUGAGAUUGUGCUCGAACUCUGCCAGUCCGUCACGCUAUACGACCAGAUUAUGCGCCACGCGCAGCUGCCGGAGCUGAAGGCGGCGUCGUAUUUGAAGCAAUUGAUGCUCGCCAUCGCUCAUUGCCACCAUUUUGGCGUCGUGCACCGGGACAUCAAGCCGGACAACGUCCUGUUUGAUUUCCCGAGCAAAGUCAAGCUGGCGGAUUUUGGGUCCGCUACGUGGGUAGGGGAAGUGGGGUCCGUUAGUGGGCUGGUGGGGACGCCGUAUUAUGUGGCGCCGGAGGUGGUGAGGGGGGGAGAAUACAACGAGAAGGUGGAUGUGUGGAGCGCAGGGGUGGUCCUGUACGUGAUGCUAGCCGGUGUGCCCCCCUUCUACGGGGAAACCGCCGCCGAGAUUUUUGAGGCGAUUUUGAGGGGAAAUCUGAGGUUCCCUCCUCGGAUUUUUCGCUCUGUUUCAACAGAAGCUAAAGAUUUGCUAAGAAAGAUGAUUUGCAGGGAUGUCUCCAAGAGAUUAUCUGCAGAACAAGUCCUAAAGCAUCCAUGGAUCUUAAAUGAGGGAGAAACAGCAUCAAUAGACUGAUACAAACCUGGAAAUACCCAAAAUAUAAUACGGAUCUUAAGGGAGAAGAAGAAGAACAUUAGUUCUUCCUAGUGUAAGAAUUAGCAGAAACCAGAAAGGAUGCCACUUUUUCUGCAUACUACAAGACAAAACUCCAUUGAUGAAUGCUUCGAGAGAAUUCAGUUAUUCUGAGUCGUGAGGAGUUAAAUGGACAAGAGAGAAUCACACUGGUGCUUUUGCUCUGAUUUUAAGGAACUGUAGCAGAAGUAGUUUCGGUUUUUCUCUCUUUCUUUUGUAAGGUAUAUUUGAGGAAGAAAAAAGGAAAAGAGUGUAAUCAGAAAUAAAGAAGAAAGGCAAGGGAAGAACCCUGUCUUCCCCCGCCUUUGCUUUUUCUUGUGAAGAAAGUAAGAUGGAUGCGACAAAGCAGUGAAAAGUAGCAUUGUACCUGCAGCCUUUGUAUAACAUAUGGAUGUAUAUGGAAUAAAGACUGAGCUUCCUU